AUGUCCCACUUGGGUCCAGCCACAAAACCUUUCCAGAUAUGUUCUAUUGAUACUAUUGGGGGUUUUGGUGGUUCAAGAUCAACAAAGAGAUACUUACACUUGUUAUCGGAUCAUUUCACGAGAUACGCUUAUAGUCUGACAUCAAGUACACAAAAUGCCAAUGAUUUCAUCAAAUUAAUUAGAAACUGUGCAGAAACAGAUGACAUUGAACUAGUACUCUCGGAUCAAUACCCAGGUAUAAACUCAAAAGAGUUUAAGAAGUUUUUGGACGAAAUGAAUAUCCCAAUAAUUUUCACAUCAGCAAACUCUCCUUUCUCUAAUGGCUUAAACGAGAGAUUAAACCAAACAUUGGUAAAUAAAAUCAGAUGUAAGAUAAAUGAAAAUGUCACAAGAAUUGCAUGGACAACUUUAGCACAUGACUGUGUAAACAAAUACAAUGACACAGAACACACUACUACUGGGUAUGCCCCAUCUUACUUACUUUAUGGUAAAGAUGUUACGAUUUUACCCAAUGAGCUUAAACAGAAAAAGACUGAAUAUGAUUUAAUACAGACCAGAAAACGAGCAUUAGAAAAUACAAUCAGAUCACAUAACUACAACAAGACAAUUUAUGAUAAGAAUCGAAGACAUAUGGAUUUUAAAGUUAAUGAUAUUGUUUUUGUUGAAAAUGGAAAUAGAUUGAAUAGGAAGAAACUCGAUGAAUUGUGA